CCACCCGCGUCCCCGCCGCCCCGAGAGCCGCCCCGAGAGCCGCCCCGAAAGCCGCCCGAGAGCCACGGGCCCCCGAGAGCCUCCUGCUGCCGCGUCCCUGCUACCGCGAGAGCCACGUCGAGCACGCAGCCCGCAGCGCCACUCCUGAAGAGAAUGGAAGGGCUUCAGAGAAGCAGAUAUGGAACUAUGACUGAAGGCAGAGGGGAAGAUAACUGGUUUGCAACAUCGUCCUCACUGAGGAUCAUCCUGGUGGGCAAGACAGGCAGCGGGAAGAGUGCCACAGGGAACAGCAUCCUCUGCCAGCCAGUGUUCGAGUCCAAGCUGAGAAGCCAACCUGUGACCAGAAAGUGCCAGGCAGAGACAGGGACCUGGGAUGGAAGGAACAUCCUGGUGGUUGACACACCCCCCAUCUUCGAGGCAGGGGCUCAGACCCAGGACACGUACAAGGACAUCGGGGAUUGCUACCUGCUCUCUGCCCCGGGGCCCCACGUGCUGCUGCUGGUGACCCAGCUGGGGCGCUUCACCGCCCAGGACACGGUGGCGGUGAGGAGGGUGAUGGAGAUCUUCGGGGAAGAAGCCAUGAAAUACAUGGUGGUCCUCUUCACCCACAAGGAGGACUUGAUGGGCGAAUCCUUGGACAAUUACGUCGCAAACACGGACAACCAUAGCCUGAGGAGCGUGGUCCAGGAGUGCAGCAAGAGGUACUGUGCCUUCAACAACAAGGCCACCGGGGAGGAGCAGGGGGAGCAGCGGGCCCAGCUGAUGGCCGUGGUCGAGAGGCUGGAGAGGGAGAACCAGGGCGCCUUCCACACCAACAGCCUCUUCUUUGAAGCCCAGAUGCUGCUGCAAGACGGGGGCAGUGCCCACGGGGAAGAGCACAGGCGCUUCCUGACCAAGGUGCAGGAGUAUGUGGGAAAGCAACAGCGAGCCCUGAAAGAGAGAGGCAGUAACUGGGCCUCCAGGGUGCUCCUCAGAGUCAAAAACUGGGUGUUUUCUAACCCUGGGAUAUCUGCCUUCCUUGUUAUAUGCUUUCUGAUUUUUCUUGCCGUUUUAAUUAACUUGUGUAUUACUCAUGCACACUGAGCAUUUUCAGAUGACUUCUGCAGUCAGCUAUAUUAUUUUUUGAGUCCCCGUCUCUGUCUGUGUCAGAUUCUUUAUAUGCUUUUGUACAUAAUUUCACUUCAGUUUCUCCUCCUUGCAUUAGACAUGCCACCUUUUCCUUUUUUUUUUUUUUUCAAGUGCUUUUAGGUAAAUAAAAUCCAAAGGAAAAAAAUUUUUUUGUUUUUGUUAAAAAUUGUAGCAGUAAGAACAAAAAGGAUGAGAAACUAACCGUCACAGGAUGUCUGCAGGAAGGAAGGUGGUGGACUGUGAAGCUGUGCGGAUGUCCUACCUCUGGGCCCUAUUUUGUGCAACGAUGCUGUCGAGGGGAGACACGUGUUACAUUAAAAGCCGGUGGCAGAAUUCUCUAUUUUAUUCAGAAACAUGCUCUGAUUUCAUUGGAGUUGGUCAUAAAAGACGCCCAUCCCCAUCCCCACACCUUCGAGAGAGGAUGAUGAGGUUGUUGAGGGGACUUGGGGGGACUUUCCAAGGCAAGAAGAGGUCCGGGACAGAAUGCACAAGAGGGGUCUGGCAUGAUGAAGGAGAGAAAAGGGGUCACCACAGCAGGGUGGGGCUGAGCCUUAGGAAAAGCAGUCGCUGAGAAAUUCCAGUGGCGGGGAAAUGAAGGAACUGUAAUGUCUUAAAGCAGGGGUUGGCAGGGCCAGAUAGUGAAUAUUUUAGGCUUAAAAAUGGUCUAUAGUCUGCUCAGCUCUGCCCUGGCCGCCACAGGCAAUGCGAGGCUACAUUCCUAUAAAACUUAAUGAACAGGGACAUCUGAAUGUCAUGUAACUUUCCUAUGUGGCCAUGAAACAUAAUUCUUCCUUUUUUUUUUAAUUUUUUUAAUGUUUUUAUUUAUUUUUGAGAAAGAGAGAGAUAGAGCACGAGCAGGGGAGGGGCAGAGUGAGAGGGAGACACAGAAUCGGAAGCAGGCUCCAGGCUCUGAGCUGUCAGCACAGAGCCCAACACGGGGCUCGAACUCACAGACUGUGAGAUCAUGACCUGAGCUGAAGUCGGAUGCUCAACCGACUGAGCCACCCAGGCGCCCCUAAUUCUUCCUUUGAUUUCUUCAACCAUUUUAAAAUGUGAAGGCUUCUCUUCCCUCACAGGACGUAUGAAACACACAGCAGGCCAAAGUGGGUCCAUCUUAUGGUAUAUUUCCUGUUGGUGGUCGAGCUGUGUUAUAAUGCAACAUCUUAACCUCAAACCCAGGAAAGGCCAGUUCAGUCAUGUGUGUUCUCCAUGGGACUUUGGGAAAAGGGUCGUGUCCAACUGUUCGAUGGUAGUAAAGAGAAGAGGGCAGACACUGGGGUGGAAUCUGAGCAGAGGUCAUGAAUUCAGCAGAAACAGGAAAUCAGAUGAGGCGUGUCUGGUGGCCCCUCCCCUGCCAUCUUGUUGAUAGCUGCCCCUCCUUCUGUGCUCCUUUGUACCUGUGAGGGACCUGCAGUCACCCUGGGCAGCCUGCGACUGGAUGUGGGGUGAGUCUCAGGAACUCGAUGUGACACCCAAGCAUCAUUCUCCAAGCCUGUAUUGGUAAUAAAGGUGCCAUAUUGAA